AGCGCGCACACUGAGUAAUACAAACACGAUUCCGUGCGUUCUUUGAGAGACAAAUCUUUCUGAAACGCACGAAUAAACGGCAAAUAGAAAGGAGUGCCCACGAAUGCCACAGUCCUAUACGCGCGGGAGAGAUUCUUCUGCUCGUCACCGAGAAAGCUACAGACAUCAGGAGCACAGCCAGCCAGGGAGUGAACAGAGACAUCUCCUCGGAGGACUAACCGGAGGGUUAUGUGCAGGCUAGAGAAGAAGAAUCACACACAGCCGGAACACGCACACUGGAGCAACUAUCCAGAUUUCGGGUCACCCGGGAAAAGGUUCGAGGAGGCGUCGCCGUGUAAAUGCAAAUUUGGCACAGAACUCAGAAUGAGUUCUAGGUCCUUAAACUACGGUUGUCACCUAGCUCCAGUACCAAUCUGAAGAACGGGACAAGAGUGAGCCCAGCCUUGGUAUCUUCCAGCUGGGGGCAAAAGGCGCCCGCCUCGAUAACGCACAGGAUUUGCUUUGCAAAUACAGUGUUAUCAGUGUGAGGAAUAUCAGCUAAAUAAUGACUGCUCAUCUCCAGAAUUCAUAGUGAAUUGCACAGUGAAUGUCCAAGACAUGUGUCAGAAGGAAGUAAUGGAAAAAAGUAUAGAGUUAACUCGUCUUUGAGAGUUCCCUCUAUUGGAUGCUUGUGGAAAUUGUUUUUUUGACAUGAGGAGCUGCCAUGGAGGAGAUUGGAGACAAAGUUUCUGAGGAUGCAGAGCGGACUAAAUUUUGGAAAGGAAGAAUUUUUCAGGAUGUUGAGAAGAAGGUGUGUGCUCAGUUUUAUGCAAUUAAAAAGUUAAACAGACACAGAACAGGCUUUACAGGGACCCUGUAUCGCAAGUCCUGCGCCUCCUCUGCAGCUUGCCUCACGACCUCUUCCGGAUACCAGGCUUUCUGUACGCCGGGGAAAAUAAACUCUAUUUGUAUCACUUGCUGCAGCACUCCACUCUGCAAUGGGCCCAGGCCAAAGAAGAGGGGAAAUGCUGGCAUCAUGCCCAGGGCUGGUGUAUUAACAACCAUACUGCUCACUAGCUUGGCAUUUUUAUCACCAGCAAAUUGCUAGAUGCGA